GAAUUAGAGGAUUUACGAAUCGAAAACGAAAAUUAUAAAGAGGCUAAUAUUCUGAUUAGGGAAAAAUAUGAAAGGAUAAUGGAUGAAAAUCCGCAAUUGCGGAAUGCCGAGCAAUUGGAGAGUUUGCUGACAGAAUCGACGGAAGAAUAUCAAGCCCAAAUUCAAACUA